AUGAAUUCUUCUGAAGAAAACAAAGAUAAUAAUCAAAAUGAAAAAAAAGAUGAAACUAAUGCUGAUUUAAAAAACAAAAAACAAAGUGUUAACAACACGACAUCGGAGACAUUGAAGACAUCCGCAACCAAUCCAAGUGACAUCGGUAUCAAUCGGGAAACAAAAUCUGCCGAAACACUCAACAGAAACAUAUCGAAAGAAGGCCGAAGACAAGGAGUAGAAGCACUACUCAGAACUGAUAGUACUUCUAGUGAUACAUCUUCUGGUAUUUCUAUGCAUUCAAAUCCUGUUCAAAGUUCUCACAGACAACCAAAGCGAGUGAGAGGUAGAAAUGGAUCAAAUUAUCGAAAGUUAAAUUCAAAAAAGAAAAAAGAAAGAAAAAAGAAAAGAAAAAGAAGAAAACGAAGAACAAGAAGAAGAAGAUAUGAAUGA